AUGAGCCGCCUGAUGCCCGAUACUGCUCGCAGGAAGCUGGAAGACGACGAGCACGAUGAACCACUUCUGGAUCAAGGCUGGACGAGCCAGGAUGAAGACGACGACAUCGAGCUCACCGAACUGGAAGGCGAGCGGACGCCCAACGACCACUACCGACAAAGAGACCAGCCUCCCAAAAAGCGCGUGUCCUGGAUCUGGAUCGCCUUGACCUUGGCCCUAUGUGUGGUGGGCUUCGUGAUCAACACGGAGGCUACAGCAUAUUUCGAAGAUGAACUCAAGUGGAAGAAGCCUUUCGCGACGCUCUACAUCACGCACAGUUCUCUGGCUCUCCCAUGGCUGUGCCACAUUCUCUAUCUCCGCUGGCAGGACCGCAGAGUACCCUACCUGACUUGGGUGCGAGACUACAACAAUCAACUGCGCGGCUCCAUCGCCACAAUCGAUGCCUUUGCGACGACAGGCCCCAAGUUGAUAUGGAAACGGCACGGCCAAGCGGGCGGUCCUCUCGACUUUCUGCUCGCAACGAUGGGUCUCGUGACAGUGGUGCUGACCGUUAGCGGUGUCUCCUGGUUCACCUCCCUCUCACUCACGACCCCCGCCGACCUGACCGCGAUCUACAACUGCGCUACGUUCUUCGCCGCUGCCUUUUCGGUGCCAAUCCUCAAGGAGAAGCUGGGCUGGAUCAGCAUCGCCGCAGUCGCCCUAUCCACCGGCGGCACGUUCACAAUCGCAUAUGGAGACACGACAGCAGAGCAUGCUGAAUCCGCAAUCGGAGCCUCACGCCUCCUGGGCAACAUCAUCGCAUGCGUGGGCGCGGUGGCAUUUGGGUUGUACGAAGUGCUCUUCAAGAAAUGGGCAUGCUCUUCCAGACCGGAGAGCCAGGAAUCCAGUCUCCCUUUGACGCUCUCCGCAUCUGCAUUGACAGGCUUCUACACCUUUGGAGUCCUCUGGCUUGCCUUCUUUCCCUUGCACUUCUUGGGGCUGGAGCGGUUCGAGAUCCCGAGUGCCCAUGCUGCUCUCUGGAUCGUCAUUGCGGUGUUGGCGGGCUCCAGUAAGAAUGAUCCUGUGCGGUUACUACUCCGACCUCGGGCUAACACGGCUCACUAGUCUCCAUUACGUUGCUCGCGGUGUUGGUCGUCUGGACGGACCCGGUCUUUGGGUCCAUGGCGAACGUGUAAGCACUCCUCCCCCGAGUCAGUCCCUCCCUCCGUAUGAACAAGCUGACCGUCCACAGUCUGAGCGUAUUCUUCGUGGCAUUGGCGGACUGGGUGGUCUGGGGUCUGAGCCCUUCAUUGGCAACAUACAUCGGCGGGGCCUUGAUCUUUGUUGCAUUUGGGAUGCUGACGUGGGAUACUCUGGGGAAGCAGCACUAG